AUGGCGGGACUCGGGAUUAAUGUCAUCGCCGGAAUUCCGUUCCCGGCCCCUGGGUACGGGCCCCGGUACCGGGAGCUACAGGAGCUGAUACAGUGCAAUGUACCCGGUGCCGAAGUGGAGGGGUUCGUCGGCAGGACCAGCUCCUUCGAGGUGAAGAUCAACGAGCAGCUGGUCCACUCCAAGCUGCAGACGAUGUCAUUCCCUGACUUCAAGGAGGUGGUGACUGUGGUGAAGGACGUGUCGGACGGCCAGGCGCCCCGGCAGGUGGAGAAGCUGCAGCCGGCCUCGUGCGUCAUCGUCUGAAGCAGCUCCGGGCUCCACACCGGCCCGCCGCCCCGUCUGGGGCCCCGUGCCCCGCUCGGAGGUCAUGUCGUCCCCCCUCGCGAAGGACCCCUGUCAUCGCGACGUGUUCACGACGACUUGCACCACUCUCCCCACGGGUGGACGUCGCGCUGUGCUGCUGACGAUCAGCGCAUGCGCCCCUGCUACCUCAAAGGCGGCAGCAUGGCAUGCGGGAUGUUACAUAAUCUAGCAGACCACUUGACGUGUCGCCUCGACCGCUCGACAGCUACCGGCAAUGCACUCCUGUACCGGGCAAGCGCAGAAAAAACGGAUGGCCAUGCUAGGUAACAUUGUACUUUUCUACGCAUCUCAUGUGGCAAUUAACCUAUUAGCCUGUCCUGAUCGCGAGGGUUGGACGGCGGCGGUCGCUGAAGUGCGGCUCGUGUGGUCCGGCGAGAGACGGCAGGGCCCGGCCUCGUCCCGGUCGGGGUGUCACGUGACCGGCGGUGGGCCGCCGCAUGACCGGCGCUCCUGAAACUGACCGGGGAGCUCCGCGAGGCCCGCGGCCGGCCGUGGUUACGUGACCCCGUCCCGGUACGAGGCCGCUUGCUGAGAACUUGUAGAAUAUACUAAGAAAAGGUGUGGUCUGUGCGGUGCCUUGUAAGCGGUGUGCUGCUGUGCCGGCCUGUUACUCGCUCGUCCGCGAGUGGUUGGCUCGCUCGGACCCUGGCGCUCGAUGCGGUGGCGGUUGGGCAGACGUGCCCCGGUGUCCGGCCGCGUCCUGGCUGGGAGCGGUGCCUCGGCGCCGCCUCCCCGGGCAGGCGCGCUCCCGUUGUUGGCCAGCGCCUGCGCUCGGUACACGUCAGCCCGCUCGCCUCCUGCACCCCAAGGCCAGCGAUAUGUUUGGACCCGAGUGCUCAGUGCCCUGUAAACUAACCGGCAAUAUACUCACGGUUCUCAG